AUGGCUUCUCCAAUGAAAAUAGCACCUCUCACAAAUAAUACCAACAAGGAAAAGUAUUAUACUAGAAAUGAUAGAACUUAAAGCAAUACUUAUGACAAUAAAAAACCAUUAAAUGAAUCAGAACCAUUUAUGAACUUAAAACUUCUAAUUCAAAAGAAAAAUUAAGAUUUAUUAACGAGAAAGAGCGCGUAAUUCGUAUUGCCUGCAUUAAAGUAAAGCUAGCAAGUCCCAGAGAAAUACCUCCGUUCGAGCUGCAAAGUUAGUCAAAUCAAGACAAAUCUUUUGGAAUGCAUAGUCUUGGACCAAAUUUGUUAAAAAGCUAUUCAAGAAGCUAUAAAUUCAGUAGGGUUCUCAGGUCAGAUGUUCAAGGAUGAAAGUAUAAUGAGUGCAACAAGAAGGAUCGAGAGACUGCAGUAAAUCAAAUAAAAAGAAGAGAGGAAGAUCGAGAAGUAUAAAUAGAGAUACAAUUCCUUCGAGAGAAAGUAGAAUCUAAUCUAAACAUACUAGAUGUCACUAAAUGGUAUCUUUUACAAUUUAACAUAAAAAUUAGUGAGUAUACCAUAAAAUUUCAACUCAAGGUGCAGCACAUCUGAGUUGCAUGUGAAGUUAGCGACACUCUAUAAUAAAAAUAAGGAGAUAUAGGCAGCCAUGAAAAUCUAAUGCUGGUUUAGAAUGUUUUUGAAUCGCAGGAAGUUUAGACGUCUCGUUAAGGAUAGAGUUAUUAGUGCAUUGUGCAUUUAAAAAAUGUGGAAAAGAUAUAGACUUUUUACGAUAAUACCUAAUGCAAUGAGCAUCAAUAAAGUCAAAUCAUCAUCUAAAGUUUAGAAGUAUCUCAGAGGCUAUUUGGCAAGAAGAUAUGUAGCGGAACUAAAAUAAAGAGAAAAAUUAAAGAAGAAUUUUUAAUACUUCGACAACGUGAGGAUGAAUCUCGAAACACAACUUGCAAUAAAGAUUUUAAGAAGGUGGAGAAUUUACAAGUUAUCAAAGCUUAGCAAGAACCUCGCAUUGCAAAAGAAAAAUGAUGAUAGACUAAGAAUGCAAAAGAAACUCAAAAGUCAAAGUUCAAGAUCAAAUAUCAGAUAGGAAUCUGCAUCUCAUUUAAGCAAUCACACACACAAACCCUCCAGUCACAAUGUUUAAGGUUCCAAAAAUUAAGGCCCAUCAAAUACAGUCAUGAUUAAAAAGAAUAACAAUAAUUCUAGCUAGAGCAGUAACAGUGCAGUUAGAUAGACCAUGCCUGUAAAGUUCCUGUUUAAUUCUAACUCUUAGAUCACCUAGAAUUCAAAUGUCAUUAGUAGUAGCUAAACUCAUACUCAUCCAGUCAGUACUAUUAUAGCAACAGCCAAUUCAGCCAGUUAAACUAUACAAUCAACUCUUAAUAAAAAAGUCACUUAACUUAUGAGUAAUUUUACGAAGAUAAAAGUUUUAGAGUUUUAACCGACUUCUAAUUUAUCAGGGCAGAAUAGAACUAAUAAUGCUAAUAUGCUAUUGGCUGUGCCCAGAGAGAGCAACAUUAAUAUUGCCAAUAAUACUGUAGUUGCUUCUAAUCCAGAUGAGGAAAGAUAAAGAAGAGACUCAGGAGGGAAGAAAGGAGAGUCCUUGCAGAAAUUAUCACAAGAAAGUAAUCAGCAACACCCUCCAGCAGUUAAAGAGCAAUCUUCUGACUCCUCUCAUGAAGAUCAUUUAGAUAGAAAUGGGAGUCAGGAUCAUAACUUCUUGAUUUCAGAUAAUGAUGACUCAGUGAGACUAAUUGAGACUGACAAGAAGUACUCCAAAUAUUAGCUAGAGUAAGCUGCCAUAAAAAGGACUAAGCUCAAAGAAAGAAAAGUCAUCUCAGUAAGCAAAAUCCAGUAAGACCAGUCUCAAAGCUUUUUUAUAGAGUCUGGAGAAGAAGGCAGUAGAUUUGAUCUACUACAGACUUUCACACCAGAUCUUGAUAUUAAUAAGUCCUUAUCAAACUCUCCCAAUAAAGAUAAUACAUAAAGUUAUGGCCAGAUUCUAUCUGGUAUAAAUGCUAGCUACAAAAUAAGAGUCAUUGAUGAGAAGAAUAACUCAAAGGACAGUCCACCACUAGCUAAAAAGCGUACAGUUCAAUUUAGAUGA